AUGCCCAACCCAAACAGCCACCCACCAUCCGGCCUCCCCUCCUCUCUUCCGCCUCCCCCACUGCCGGCAUCCGCCCCCGUGCCCCGCGCCCGCGCACAAGCCUCACGCAAACGCGCCGCGGCCAAUGACGACGCGGCCUACCACGCCGCCGCGGGCACGAAGCGCGGCGCCGCCGAACGUGCAGAGGGAGACCGCGAGCGGACGAAGCGCAAACGCGUCGAAGCCGCCGCCGCCGCCGCAGCCGCGAACGCGCACGUCCCAGAGCGGGACGAGAGGACCAGUCUGGUCGACUUCACCGCGCUGCCCACAGACGCGCUGCACCGGUACCUAGCGCUAUUCGACCUCAUCCCCGACCUGGACCCGUCCCCAUGGGGCGUCGAGGACCCCGGUCCCCCCAGUGCGUUGCUGAAGCCAAAGAGCCAUGUGCCCGGGCACGGGCACGCCCUCCGGCGCACGUCGACGGCAAGCCCGGGUCCGGUCGGCGUUGGCACGUCGGCAAACGCGAACGGGCGAUCACGACGCGACCCCGGGCGGCGGCGGAGUGCGCGACUGGUCGACGAGGAGCGGGUGCCCGCGCCACCGCCGGUGUACGGAGACAUUGGGGACGUGGACGGAAUGUUGGCGACGAUCGCGGAGCGGCACUUCCGGGACGUGCAGGUGAAGGAGGUGGACACGCUGGCGGAGUUCAUGUUCAAGGUCAAGACGAUUGGGCGGGUGAGGGACAUCUGA